AUGGCUCCUCCAUUCUUUUCUGAUAUUUCCAAGGACAUCAAUGGGUUGUUGAACAAGGAAUUCUUCCACGCUACCCCAGCUUCUGUUGACGUUAAGACCACUGCUCCAAACGGUGUUGCUUUCACUGUUAAGGGUAAAACUUCUCCAAAAGAUGGCUCAAUUGCUGCUAACGUUGAAGUUAAGGCCUCUGACAAGUCUACUGGUUUGACUUUCACCCAAGGUUGGAACAACGCCAACACUUUGGACACCAAGAUCGAAUUGGCUGAAUUGACUCCAGGCUUGAAGACUGAAUUGAUCACUUCUGGUGUUCCAGGUGUCUCUAAGGCUGCUAAGUUGAACGUUAACUUUGUUCAACCUUUGUUUGCUGCUAGAGGUUUCUUCGAUUUGUUGAAGGGUCCAUCCUUCGUCGGUGACUUGACCUUGGCUCACGAAGGUUUCGUUGGUGGUGCUGAAGUUGGUUAUGACAUCUCUGCUGGUGCCGUCUCCCGUUACGCUUUGGCUUUGGGUUACAACGCUUCUGGUGCUUAUUCCGUUGGUUUGUCCGUCAACAACGCUCAAUUGAUCACCGCUUCCUUCUUCCAAAAGGUUUCCCCAAUCUUGCAAGUCGGUGCUAAGGCUGCUUUGAACCCUCAAGCUGGCUCUAAUGUCAACAUUGAAUUCGCUUCCAAGUACGCUUUGGACGCCGUUUCUCAAGUUAAGGCUAAGGUUGCUGACUCCGGUAUCGUCGCCUUGUCCUACCAACAAAUAUUGAGACCAGGUGUCACUCUAGGUAUUGGUGCUUCUUUCGACGCUUUGAAGUUGGCUGAACCAGUCCACAAGUUGGGUUGGUCUCUAUCGUUCGCUGCUUAA